CUCUUUCCUUCCAAAGUUUCUUUGGCUGUUUACGUCGCAGCAGUCAUGGUCAAACCUGGUGCUUUGAUUCCCGACAGUCUCAAAAAUGUAAUGAAGGUAUGUUCGGGAUUGAUAGAGAAGGAAGCUGAGAAGAUAUGGGACUUUACUUUUGGAAAUGGACCCCAAAACAUCCCAACAAGCAUCAUGAUGAAACCUGAGUACGUUAGGGACAAGUUUUACAACGAGAGCCCCAUGGAGGAUUACACACUGGCCACCACGCUUCUGCGUCCAGCCCCUGUCAUGGCAUUCGUAGGCAUAAUGGGAAUUCCAGAAGCUCCAGAGACUGAAAAAAUCCCAAGGGUGUACGUGAAGACAGGCAAGGACCAUUUGUUCCAACCACAUCUCCAAGACUUAAUGUUGGCCCUGUGGCCUCCUUCUCAGACCUUCCUUCUUCAAGAAAGUGAUCACUCUGCGUUUUUCUCCCAACCUCGAGAACUCAAUCAAUUCCUCCUUCAAGCAGCCUCCUCUCUCUCUUCUUAAUUCCUCUUUUGUAUCUCUCUGGAACUUCUCAAACUUUUUGAUAAAAACUUGCAUAAAACUUGACCAUAUUCAUAUAGAUCAUGAGACACAGAGCAAGGAGCCUACAAUAUUUGCUAUGUAAAUGUCACACGCGCCUCCAACUACGGUAUCACUAAUCAGGUGAGUGAUAUCCAAACAAUCAACAGAAAAAGCCUAAAAAGGCAUACAAACUCAAAAGCAUUGAUAAAACGGAAAUGAGAAAUCUCAAGGGGUGAUUUGAACUUGAACGUUGGAAUCCUUGGGUUUGCUAUUGUCAUCUGAAGAUGGCCGGGUAGUCUCAGAGUCUGAAACUCGUAUCUCUUCAAUCAUUCUAACAACAUCAUCCAUGGUUGGUCGUACAUCAGGCAUUUGAGCCACACAUGCCAUAGCAAUCUGCAGCAUCUGUACCAUUUCUUC